CUUCAACUUUGGGCUAGAACAGCCAAGAUACCCUUACAACCAAAGUAGUCCAAAUUGAAUUGGGCCACACUAGGCAUUGCUUUUAGGUUAUAACUUUGCAAAGGGUGGGUUGGGGGUUCAAUAGCAUCUAAUUGCACAUUAUUAUGGAUUCUAUAGUUUUUCUUCUUCUUCUUCUUCUUUCUUUUUCUUUUAUUAUUAUUACUUUUUUUUUUUAAUUUUUUUUUUUAUUUAAAAAACGGUCGAUACAACCGAACCAGCCAGUCAUGAACUUCCACCGAACGGCUUGUUACUCCCUAUAGCCGGUAGAAAACAACCAUAACCCCAACGGUCAUAUUUCCUUUUGAAGAUUACAUAUCCCACCUCUAAUUUCCUACUCUCCUCUGUUUACAUAUAUCUCAUUGAUCCACCUCCAUGUUCAUCGGAGAGCAAUAAUCAGACAUUUUUUUAUUAGUAUUUGAUUAACGGUUGCUGUGUCUUUGAUCCAAAUAUUCUCCACACAGGCAAGAUGUGUAGACUACUUGUAAUUGUUUUAUUGGUGUUCUGUGUGUCAGAUUCCGGUUGGGCACAGGGGACCAAUUCACCUGCACCGGCACCUAAAUCUACUCCGACGAGCCCAAGUGCAUCCCCUUCAAAGUCUCCGACUUUGGCACCGCCUAUUCCGGCGACUCCCAAAAUCUCUCCGACGAUGCCGGUUUCUCCGUCAAUCAGUCCAUCAUCUUCGCCGGUUCUAUCUCCAACAGCACCUCCCACAGUGACUCCUUCUCCGAUGGCUGCAACCCCAGUGAGCACUCCCACAUCACCUCCCGUGGGAUUGACUCCUGCAAAGUCUCCGGCAGUGGCAGAGGUACCGGCAACUGCUGCAACCCCAGCGGCAUCUGCAACACCGGCAGGGUCACCGAAGACAAUCCCGUCAAACAGGAUCCCAUCGACCCCAUCUCAGGCGAGUUUAUCACCGGAGACUGCACAAGGUCCAGUGGGUGAUGAAUCUGGUUCUAACUCGCAGUACGAGGCUGCGCUAAUUUUGAGUGGUUUGGCUCUUUGGGUGGCUUUGGUUUUCUAAAUAUUGCCUUCUGUUCACCACUUUAUUCAUAUCAAUUCUUUGUAUAAUUUUUAUUUUUUAUUAUUAUUUUUUGUAUUAAACUUAUUGUGUUGAUGAUUAAAUGAUUCAUAUUAUGAAGGGAAA